AGAAGGUGCCUUUGUUCUGUUCUCGUACUUCCCUCGUCUUUAUGGUCUCAACUAAGCACCUCACCGUGGCGAUCGUACGGUUGAAGUAAAAAGGAAAAACAGAUACCUAAAUGAAGUGCCCAUACUGCUCGUCGGCGCAGGGCCGCUGCGCCACUACAAGCUCAGGCCGGUUCAUAACGGAGUGCACCUCGUGCGGCCGAGUCGUCGAAGAACGCCAGACCCAGAACCACCACCUCUUCCACGUGCGGGCGCAGGACACUCCCCUCUGCCUUGUCACCUCCGAUCUCCCCGUCCCAACUCGCCAGGCCCACGAAGAGGACCCGUUCGAGCCCACUGGCUUCAUCACCGCUUUCUCCACUUGGUCCCUCGAGCCAAUCCCUCUCUUCGUCCGCUCCUCUUUCUCCUUCUCCGGUUACCUCGCAGAACUCGAGCGCACUCUGGAGCUUGCUUCGUCAUCCACGUCGUCUUCCUCUUCGUCGUCGGUGGUGGUGGAUAAUUUGAGGGCGUAUAUGCAGAUUAUUGAUGUGGCCUCGAUUUUGGGGCUGGAUUAUGACAUAUCUGAUCAUGCGUUUCAGUUGUUCAGAGAUUGUUGCUCCGCAACUUGUUUGAGGAACAGGAGCGUGGAGGCACUUGCUACUGCUGCUCUUGUCCAGGCUAUUAGGGAGGCUCAGGAACCCAGAACCCUUCAGGAAAUCUCCAUUGCAGCUAAUGUACAACAGAAGGAGAUUGGCAAAUACAUCAAAAUACUAGGAGAAGCUCUACAACUGAGCCAGCCAAUUAAUAGUAAUUCUAUUUCUGUCCAUAUGCCAAGAUUUUGCAACCUCCUCCAACUCAACAAAUCUGCUCAGGAACUGGCAACUCACAUUGGAGAAGUAGUGAUCAAUAAAUGCUUCUGCACUCGGAGGAAUCCAAUUAGCAUCUCUGCAGCGGCUAUAUAUCUGGCAUGCCAAUUAGAAGAUAAACGCAAGACCCAAGCAGAGAUUUGCAAGGUGACAGGUCUCACUGAGGUCACUCUUCGAAAAGUAUACAAGGAACUAUUAGAGAAUUGGGAUGAUCUCCUUCCAUCUAAUUACACUCCAGCUGUCCCUCCGGAGAAAGCAUUUCCCACAACUACCAUAGCGACAAGCCGAUCUUCAUUACCUAAGGCUGAUCCAAUUGAUGUACCUAUUUUAGACAAAGAUAAAAACCAAGACUCCAAAUCAAAUAAACCAAUUGAAGUCACGGAUCCAAUCAAUCAAGUUAGAAUCAAAGAAGAUGUGGAGAAUAAUGUUUCUGCAAUAAGUCGACCACACUUCAGGCAGCCUUGGCUUCAGUUUGGACCUUCUGGUGCUAGGACAACAGGAGAGAAAAAUCCCAGUGCCAGUCGAGGGGAACUCAAUGAGGCGCAGCCUAACCAUCAAGAGUUGGAUCAGAAGGGAGAUAUACAGAAGAUUGAUUACAAGGGUGCUCCAAGUUCUCUAAGGCCAAGCCAGCUUUCAAGUGCUCCAUCUUCAACUGUGAGUACAAUCACUUGGCCAUUCCGUCCACCGCCCUCACCUGGGCCAUCCCCAAGUACGCCUGUUGUUGUGCAUCCACCCAAGUUGCCACCGGGUCAUGCAGAACUAAGAGGAACUGGGAAUCAUAAUGGAAGUAAGAACCCCAAUUAGUAUGGGGAAUCAGCAACCAAGUAGAACGGCUCUGCGGCGUUAACAUGUGUAUAAUCUUGGCUCAUUCAUUUUAAGUUCUUGUGUUUGAAUUUCCAUACUUGGUCUGGAACUCUGUAUCACAUUUUACUAUACCCUUUCCACGAGUUUGAGCAUCCUCAUCUCUCCAUAUAAAUCUCUCCUAUUUAAAUGGAAAAAAAGGUUUAUUUGGCU